CCUCUCUGUGGUUUCCCCACUUGCGGCUGGGCGAAUUCUUGGCUGUCCGGCAAGGCUGCUCCUCGGCCCCGCUCCGGGCAGGUGCCACCAGGAAACCCUUUGGAAGAAGUUCUGCUUGCAGAAUCCAGUCGGGGUCAGUCACCGGGACCAGAGGUUUCGUCUUCCGAGUUUUUGGACUUGUGCUGGAGCCCAUCCUCCUGCCCAUCUUCCAACCUUUUGGCCAAAGGUCAGCUUGUUCGAGUUUCCUUGGAUGGAAAGCCCUGGAAGUGAGCAGCCCCUGGAGACUAUGCAGAGGGGGGAACGCUUUGGCCAAAAGUCCCAUAAGAGGAAUCAGGGGAAACUCUCCAGAUGCUCCAAGUGCGGGAAAUCCUUUGCUCACCGGUCCCUCCUUUUGAUCCACCAGAAGCUGCAUACGGGGAAUGGAUCCCACCUGUGUUUUCUUUGUGGGAAAUCCUUUCCUGGAACAUGGAGCUUUGCCAAACAUCUCCGGAGCCACCCUGGACUGAAGCCUUACAAAUGCGGAGAGUGUGGGGAGCGUUUUGCUAAAGGCUCGGACCUUGGAGCCCAUCAGCGAAUCCACCAGGGAAAGAGAUCUCAGGAAUCCUGGAAGCGCUGGGGAAGAUUUCCUGGGAGAUGGCGUCUUUCUAGGCCUCAGAACAGCCCGACUGAAGAGAAGCCCUGCAAGUGUGUGCAAUGUGGGCUGUGCUUUUCUCAAAACUCAGAGCUGCUUAAACAUCAGCAAAUCCACACCAGAGGGAAACCGUAUCAAUGUCUGGAGUGUGGGAAAUCUUUCCGUAAUAAACAAUUGUUUAGAAAACAUGAGAAAAGUCACGUAGGGCAGAGACCUUAUAAAUGCUUUGUGUGUGGAAAAUGUUUCACUUGGAGCUCAUCUCUUUGGAAACACAAUAAAACACACAUAAAGGAGGAAAGCAAAAUGUGCCUAGAAUGUGGGAAAACUUUUUCCAGCAAAUCAUGCUUGUUGCAACAUCAGAGAAUUCACACUGGGGAAAAACCCUAUCAGUGCCCAGAAUGUGGGAGAUGUUUUAGUCAGAAAUCAAACCUAAUUCUACAUCAGAGACGUCACACUGGGGAGAGACCCUAUCAAUGCUCAGAAUGUGAGAAAAGUUUUGUGGUUUCUUCUGACCUUCGGAGCCACCAAAGGACGCACAGGGGAGAAAAACUGUAUAAAUGUAAGGAUUGUGAUAAAUGUUUUUUUAAAAUGUCAAAUCUUUCUCAACAUCAGAUUAUUCAUUCAGGGUUGAAGCCCUAUAUGUGCAUUGAAUGUGGAAGAUUUUUCCGUACAAUACAAAACCUCAGAAGUCAUCAGAAUGUUCACAGGGGGGAAAAAAGGUUCAAAUGUUUAGAAUGUGGGAAAGCAUUUGCAAAGUCAUCAUCCCUUAGGGAUCACUUCCAAAUCCAUACGGGUCAGAAACGCCACAAAUGCUCAGUGUGUGAGAAAUCUUAUCUCCGGAAAGAUUCACUUAUGUUGCAUCAGAGAACCCACUUAGAGAAGCAAUAUAAAUGUCCUGAGUGUGAGAAAACUUUUCAUUGCAAAUCUUAUCUUAGAAAACAUGAGAAGAUUCACAAAAGAGAGAAGCUUUACAAUCAUGUGCAGAACAAUGAAAAGUGCCCAGAAUGUGGGAGUUGUUUUGGCACAAAGUCACAACUAAUUCAACAUCAGAGAUUUCACACAGGAGAAAGACCCCAUCAGUGCCCAGAAUGUGGUAGAAGUUUUGGCUACAAGUCACACCUGAUUCGACAUCAGAGAAUUCACACUGGAGACACACCCUAUCAAUGCCCACAAUGUGAGAAACGAUUUGUAGAGUCUGCUGGACUUCGGAGGCAUCAGAAGAAGCACACAGGAGAGUUGCCCUAUAAAUGUGGGAGGUGUGGGGGAUUUUCUCCAGAAACACUGCUUCAGGUUCAUCAGAGAAUCCACUUAGAGAAGGAAUAUAAAUGUCCAGAGUGUGAGAAAACUUUUCAUUGCAAAUAUUAUCUUAGAAAACAUGAGAUGCUUCACAAAGGAGAGAAGCCGUACAAGCGUGUGCAGAAAAAUGGAAAGUGCCCAGAAUGCGGGAGAUGUUUUGGCACAAAGUUACAACUAAUUCAACAUCAGAGAAUUCACACUGGGGAAAAACCCUAUCAGUGCCCAGAAUGUGGGAAAUUUUUUGGCUCCAAGUCAAACCUAAUUCAACAUCAGAGACGUCACACCGGAGAAAGACCCUAUGAGUGCCCAGAAUGUGGGAGAUCUUUCGGCUACAAGUCACACCUGAUUCGACAUCAGAGAAUUCACACUGGAGACACACCCUAUCAAUGCCCACAAUGUGAGAAACGAUUUGUGGAGUCUGCUGGACUUCGGAGACAUCAGAAGAGGCACACAGGAGAGUUGCCCUAUAAAUGUGGGAAGUGA